AUGGCGAGAAAAGGCGGGCAAUUAGUAGGUAUUCUCGAUGUGCAUAUCCUUCAGGCUGAGAGACUACCGAAUCGGUCCACACUCGGGGCUCAAGAUGUGUACGCCAAGGUGCUGUGCGGUGAUCGGGACCCGCUCGGACGAGUCGCACUCACGACGCGGGCGAUCAAGGGAGGAGGCACGGACCCAGUCUUCGAUCAACGGCUGCAGGUUGGGAUUCCCGAGCGUGCCACCGAGGGCGUUAGAGACCCAGCCAAGAUGGAUUUGAUUCAGGCACUGAGGGACGUGGCAGAAGUGGAUAGGCUGGUCGGCAGCAGCAGCAGCAAGAGAUUGCGGUCCCGAUCUGGCCCCCUGAGGAUGGGCGAUGCUGAGUCUGCAGGCCUUGCUGCUGAGUCAGCAGGCCCUGUUGCUGAAUCAGCAGCCACUGCUGGGUCAGCAGGCUCGGACACGUCAUCAGCGGUGGAAGCAGUUACUGCGGGUGGUGGUGCUGCGUCUGCUAGUGCAGGUUCGGGGCCCGAGCCUGCUGGCCCGGGGCAACGCAGGCUGAGAUACCGAGCCAGGUCCGGGCCUCUGCAUGGUUCGGCAGGUGGCUCGGGCGGCCGUGGGGCAGGCAGGACGGGAGGUUCAGGAAGGCUGAUGAGCAGUAGCGGGGAACUCUAUAAGGAGGCAAAGGGAACGGAGGGCGAUAACAGGCAGGAAUCCUGGACAGGCGAAUUGGGCAAACGGAUUGGUGGGUUUGGGGAAUGGACUGGUGAAGGGAUGGGCGAAAAGAUUGGUGAAGGGAUGGGCGAAAGGAUUGGUGAAGGGAUGGGCGAAAGGAUUGGUGAAGGGAUGGGCGAAAGGAUUGGUGAAGGGAUGGGCGAAAGGAUUGGAGUAACUGGAGGGUGGUCAGGAGGGUCUGGUAGGGGCAGCACGGAGCUCAGUACUCCGUCUCCUCCUUUUCCUCUCGUUCAGCCCGGGCAGCACUGA